UGUGUAGAUCUGUUUUCUUUCCUUAUAUUUUCACUUAAAAGUAACAUAUUAUUAUGGCUGCUCUGUUUAAAGGUGAAGGAAAUAAUAAUAAUAAUAAUAAUAAUAAUAAUAAUAAUAAUAAUAGUGAGUUAUUAUUCCAAGCUCAAACCCAUUUGUACAACCAUACACUAAGCUACAUAAGUUCAAUGUGUUUAAAAUGUGCAAUUGAGCUAGGCAUACCAGACAUAAUCAACAAUCAUGGCCAACCACACAUUCCUCUGCCCCAAUUGGUGUCUUCCCUUCGGCUUCCUCCGACGAAAACUGACAUCCUCCGCCGUCUCAUGCGUCCAUUAGUACACUUUGGCUACUUCACAACGACGAAAGUUGUUAUUAAUAGCCAAAAUAAAGAAGAAGAAGAAGAAGAAGAAGAAGAAGAAGAAGAAGAAGAAGAAGAAGUAGAUGCAUAUGGUUUGACAUCUUCAUCUAAAUUACUAUUUGUCAAUAAUAAUGGUAAUAAUAAGAUCCCAAGCAUGUCCACUAUUGUUUGUUUACAGCUUGAUCAAGCAUUUAUGACUCCAUGGCAUUCUCUUGGAAAUUGGCUUCGAAAAGAUGAAGCAACAACACUAUUCGAGUCGGCUCAUGAGAUGAGCUUUUGGGAGUACACGAGCAAGAAUACUAAAUUCGGUCACCUUUUCAAUGAAGCAAUGGCUGAUGAUUCAAAAUUGAUGUUGAAGUUGGUUAUUGAAGAUGUCAAGCCUGUUUUCGAGGGACUAACUUCAUUGGUCGAUGUAGGCGGCGGCACGGGAGAAGUAUGUAAGAUUCUCACUCAAGUAUUUCCUCACCUGAAAUGCUCUGUGCUUGAACUAUCACAUGUGGUUGCCAAUUUGCCUAAUGCUCAAAACUUGAAGUUUAUCGAGGGUGACAUGUUUCAAGCAAUCCCUCCAGCUAAUGCAGUUCUACUCAAGUGGAUUUUACAUAAUUGGAGCGACGAAGAAUGUGUAACGAUUUUAAAGAAAUGUAGAGAAGCUAUUCCGAGCAAUGAGGGAGGAAAGGUUGUGAUAAUAGAUGUGGUAAUAAAUAGCAAAAAAGAUGAUCAUGAAGUAAAUGAAGCUAAGAUCUCUUUUGAUUUGAUGAUGAUGGUUUUGUUCAAUGGGAGAGAAAGAAGCCAAAAGGAAUGGGAAAAUCUCUUUUUCAAAGCUGGUUUCACUCGCUAUAAAAUUACACCCAUAUUUGGUUUAGAGUCACUCAUAGAGGUUUUUCCAUAAACAUAUGAUUAAUCGUUUGUUUGGCUUAAUGAAUUUCUCAUCACUUUUAAAAAAAUAAAAAUAAAUAAAUAAACAUAUGAUUAGUGAUGUAACAAUAAUUUAUUAGCACAAUAAAAUUGUAUGCAAAUUGUUUGUAUUUUGUAAUGUCUGACUUUUUUAAUAUAGUAAUAUUACCUAA